UGCCUGAUCCGGAUUACAGUCCCACAGUCAACAACACUGCUUCUGCACAGUGCCUGAAGCUCGAGUAUACUAACAUUGCCUUCGGGCACUGGUUCAUUAAAGAAAUAGUAGUUAAAUCUCUUGAAAUAUGUCUGCUAGUGACGCAAGUAACCAAGUGAUUUUAGCCACCGCCAGCUAUGACCACACCAUCAAGCUAUGGCAAGCUCACAGUGGCAUCUGUCAGAGGACCCUAAAGCACCCGGAGUCGCAAGUAAAUGCCAUGGAAAUAGCACCUGACCGCAAUAUGUUGGCAGCAGCUGGUUAUCAACACAUUCGCAUGUAUGAUCUGAAAACAUUAAAUGAAGACCCGGUUGUGAACUAUGAAGGAGUUAGUAAGAAUGUUACAGCACUUGGGUUCCAAGAGGAUGGCAAGUGGAUGUUCACAGGCGGUGAAGACUGUACUGCAAAAAUCUGGGACUUGAGAUCAUACAACCUACAUGUAUCUAGAAUUUUCCAAGUGAGCACUCCAGUCAACUGUGCCUGCCUUCACCCUAACCAGGCAGAGCUGUUUGUGGGAGACCAGUCAGGAGUCAUUCACAUUUGGGAUGUGAAAACUGAACAUAAUGAACAGCUGAUACCAGAACCUGAUGGCAGUAUACAGAGCAUUGCCAUAGACCCAGAAGGAACAUACAUGGCUGCCGUCAAUAACAAAGGAAAGGUGUAUGUUUGGCGGCUCUCUGGGGGAACUGGAGAGACACCCAUUACCCUCACACCAACACGAUCUCUCCUUGCUCACAACAACUACGCCCUCAAAGUCAAGUUCAGCCCCGAUUCCACUAUGAUGGUAACGACGUCUGCUGACCACACUGCUCGCAUAUGGAAAACUGCAGAUUUUUCCCAAAUGACAGAACUGAGUGACAGUAGCCAAAGAUGGGUGUGGGAUGUUGCUUUCUCUGCUGAUUCACAACAUAUUAUAACAGGCUCAUCUGAUAACACUGCAAGAUUAUGGUCAGUAGAAACUGGGGAAAUUAAACGAGAAUACUCUGGUCAUCAGAAAACUAUCUCAGCAAUAGCAUUUAAGGAUGUAAUGUAUCCUUGUUAACAGUGAAGUUUACUCCUUGAUGAGGCAAUGUGGGACCAUCAACAAAUUAAGAGGAAAGUGAUGAAUGAUUUCUGAAGCAGAUUUUAGAUUUUUUUUUUGUGGGAAUUGUUAAUUUAUUCCUUUAUUUGAGGUAAUUUUCCAUUGAUUCCUUGCUCAAAUUAACCUUCAUACCACCUCCCUCCCCUGGUGUGCAGAACCAACAUGAUUAGAUUCUUAUUCAGUAUCUCGUAUCCCUGCGAUCAAACAAAUACAGUACAUAGUUAUAUCAUGAAGCUGCUUGAAAGGAUUCUGUGUUAGAUGAAUUAACUAAGAAUAAGGAAUAGAACUUUUGAUAUUGUAAUAAUAUAAAUGUAUUAUAAUAAUUCAUAAUGGAUCAACUGAUGUACUGUAUGAAUAAACAGGAGUGAAA